UCUCCGGCUUGAAACCAUGAAGCCAUAAGGUCGUGGGAGUUGCUUGGUCUUUAUGUCAUCACAGAUUCGUCGAUCAUGAAUGCUACCGAUGUGAUAAAAUGCUUUUUCAUGGAAGUAUAUUGGACAAAAACUUCUCAAGAUGCCACAGCGAGUGUCACAUCCUGUGUAGUAAGCGCCGUAUUUGUGUUGCCUGCAGUAUUUGGAAAUGGCAUCGUUAUGCUUGUAAUCUGGAAGAAACGGGAAUUCCAUUUGCCAUCGUUCGCUCUGUUGUUUUUCUUGGCAGGGUCUGAUUUUCUUGUGGGAUGUGUUGGCCAGCCCUCAUUCGUUGCCUACAAGCUGGCAGAAAGCCUCGGAAAAUUCAAUGCGUAUUGUAACUUGCGAAUGAUUGAGUUCUUUUGUGGGUGGAUAACUUCGAGCAUAUCCUUUAUCACUCUAGCUGCAGUUUCUGUCGAUCGACUGCUUGCCUUAACACUGCACUUGCGAUACAGAAGUAUAAUUACAGUGCGGCGUGUUACGAUAACCAUGAUAGCAGUUUGGCUAUUUUGUUGUAUCACUGUUUUUGUGAAAUUUUGGGUCCGAAACUGGGUCAUCAUUCCAGUUUCUUUAGUUCCUGUGAAUAUUUCAAUAUCCACAAUUUGCACGUUGAAGAUAUAUCAAAUUGCACGAAGACAUCAAUAUCAAAUAACCGGCCAAAAUCGAAAAAUGGCAGAUUUACAAAACGCUGGGAACGCCGCGUCACAAAACAAAGCAGUUAAUGCUAUUAAAUGCAAAAAAGCAGCAACUACGGUACUUUAUCUUCAUGGCGCUAUGCUAGCGUUUUAUCUCCCAUUUAUUGCUGUUAGUGCAGUAGAAGCGAUUCAAGGCUAUGCAUUGUCGAUAAAAAUCGCUUAUAGCUAUGCUACAACGAUUGUAUUCAUAAAUUCGUCGAUAAACCCUGUUAUCUACAGCUGGAGAAAUACAGAAGUACGUCGUGCUAUAAAAGACUACUUAAAAAAACUGGGUUUUCGUGAUAAUUCAGGUGCAGCUGAGGGAACUGGACAUUAGUUAGCCAUGAUUAAGUUCGAUAAUUCUUUGACUAUUGAUGCUUAGACUACCUGCACCAAUUUAAAUCACGACGAUUAACUGUAACAUGAAUUCUAUUGGGCAGAAUAGGAAAGUAAAACCUUUUUCAGCUAUAGCCUAAGAGAUAAUUGCUUCAUUAAUUCCAGCUUAACAUUUGUCGAUCGUUUAAA